AGAGAAAAAUUAUAGAACGACUUUAAUAAAAACUACAUUGAUUUCAAACCAUUUCAAACUAAGAUUUCGGAAUAACCACGUGUGCAUAAACAACGACAAGCUUUCUCUUAUUAUUUUUUUUUAUUUGUCGUUAACAUUCCUUUUUUCAAAUAUAACACGUGUUAAUUUAAUUGUCGUUAAAAUUUAAAAAAAACCAAAGUUCCGCUCGGAAGACACUGUGUUUUAAUUGAUGAAGGAAAUAAAAAAUAUUAUUCGUAAUGUUUAUUCUAGAUAAACGACGAGAAGACCAUGUAUGCUGGUGUAUGCGCUGCUGCACCGGAUCGAUUUAGAAUGCGCAAAUCGUAGAGAACCUAAUUUUCAAAUAAUCGGAAGUAUGUGAAUGAUGUUUGUAAAAAAAAUUUGAAAUGAUAAGAGUGUGCAAUUUGCGGAUUCUUUUAACAUCCCAAUAUUAAGAAUAAAGCUCGAUUAAGUAAAUGGAUUAUUAGAAGGAAGAAUGCACGUUUCGUUUUGGUUUAAUGAACAUGCCGUCGGGGAGAUAUUAGGAUUUCUCUGACAGAGCUUUAGUAUAAUUGAAAAUGUGACAGAGUUUAAUAAUAUCAAUCCUUAGGCGAUAUUUCAACUAAUACGAAAGAAUUAGUAGCAAUGAAUCGUGAAAUUUAUCAUCGAUCAAUUCUGUACAACGCUUAUACUUGAAGAAUUAAUAAUCAAAGGAGAUUCAUUAGGAAGAUCCUGAGGAACAUGUUCUUCUUAUAUACAGAUUUAUCAGAAUUCAGUGAUGCUGAACUGGCUGGUUAUAGAUUACGUUGCGGAGUUUGGAUUACGUUUGUAUUGGCGACAGGAUUCGUCAUAGCAGCAAAAUUUUCUUUUGGCCAUGAGGGCCCAGGUUUAGAAAUAUUCGUAUUUUGUGGUCUAUUGACGCUUCUGCUACUUGCAUGUCUGUAUUCCAUUCUUUGUCGUCGUACUCACGAGAAUAGUCGUCAAGAAAAUCAUAUUCAGGAGAAUCAGAUUGCAUCUUUAAAUAAUGCGAGUUUAUCUACUACCGAAAAUUUAAGACCUAUACCAGUUAUCAGACAACAUCCGCCACCGCCAUACCAUAUAGCUAUUUUAAUUCCACCGCCUGAUUCUUCAGACGAAGCUGCUCCACCUUCAUACGACAAAGUUAUUCGAUGAAAAUAUUAAUAUUGAAUCAAUAAGGAUAUAUGUUAUGAAUCUUACUUAAUUUUUAACAUCUUUGCAAUAGUUUCAUGUCAUAAAAAACAAAAAACAAAAAACAAAGUAUGAUAAUAUACAAUUUGAAUCCAAAUAUGUACUUUCUCUGCUAUAAAACACAUUCAUAUGAAGUUCUUACAGAUAAUAAACUAUCUUAUCUCUCUCCACAUUAAUAAAGAAUAAAUAAUAUCGAUAAUUGAAUAAAUUUCACAUCUGUGAUACAAAUUCAGUGAUGCAAUGAAAAUACCAAACUUGAUUGAUAUCUAAUGAUACAAAAAAGAUACAUUAAAAUUUUAGUGGAGAUAUUUCAAUAAAAACUUAGAUAAGAUAUAAAGAAUAUUCGCGAUAGUUUGCAUUUAAUGUGAAAACAAAAUAAAUAUGUAUUUUAAUUUUUUAUAUUUCAAUAUACAAUGAUCUGUAAUAUUUAUAUAUAUCAUAUAUCAUAUAUGUAUAUAUAUAUAUAUAUAUAUAUAUAUAUAUACAUACACAUAUACAUAUACAACUUACAUCUAGUCUCUAAAAACAACGUAAAAUAAUAAAUCUUAAUUACAGAAAUUG